AUGAAGUUAGGUACAAUAUUCAGAAGCAAAAGAGUAUUAUCAAAAGAGUUAAGUGCCCAGAGGACAAAGAUAAAAGAUAAAAGAGAGGGCUUAUGGUGCGCAGCAGUAUGUGUGUUGAUUCAGCUAGCCAUGCUAUGCCAAGUGUGGGGCAGAGUGAGAACAAACAAAGAGCUAAUGAGCAUUCAAAAGAGAGAGUUUACUUUUAUGGACAAAGGAAAAGAAAAAACAUUAGUAAUAGGCCCAGACAGCGCACUAAGCCCACUGCGAGGAAGAAUAGCAGAUAGCAUUCGGGUUAUGCACAACAAGAGAUUUCUAUCCCCCGAGAUAAAGAUAGAGCACUCAAUAGCAGUUAAAAAGAAUGCAAAGGGAAAGAUUGAAAUCGCGCAAACUCGAGAUUACAGGCUGGACAGAGUGCACGAUGAUAGUGACCUUGCAUAUAAAGGCAGCUUGCUCAAGUAUACGAAAGAGUAUUUUACCACGCUUCUUGAGCUGUUCCCCUCUAUGCACGGGUAUGUGUCCAUAUGGUCAGACAGAGAGGACUCUUUUUUUUCUUUUAUUAAUAGUACUUCUGUAGAGAAGUACAAGUAUAAAAUACUUGCUUCGUUGCUGCUGCUUGCAGAGGGGAUAGAUGUACCACUGGCAAUUAAUGAGAGUCAGAACGGAACAGAGCUAGUUCUGAAGAAGGCAGAUGAAGGAGAGCACUUCAGAGUGAGCACUAAAAUAGAGGAUUCAGAUGAGAUGAUUACCAGAGAGGAGGACUCUAGUGCAUCAGGAAAAAAUAUUAAGCUUGAAAGGCCUGCAGUUGCAAGUGUGGUAAGGUUUUUUAUAGAAAACCGAGAAAAUUCAGUUCUUAAAAAAAAGGGAUACACUUCAGAGCCAAAGUCAUACAAAGAGUUUAAAAAAGGCAAGUUCAUGAACAGCCCAGGCUUUCUUAUACAAACAUAUGUGUACCACUGCAUGGAGAAUGAAGACCAGACAGUUCUUUUUAUUAAGGCCGUCUAUGAUCUGCUGUGUGAGUAUAUGGCGCAGGAAAAAGAAGCUCCGAGAGAACUCUGGCUAUAUCGGGUUAAAAACUAUUUAGAAAAUAAAUAUGUAGAAUGGAAAGAAGGCAGAGCAGAAAAUAUCCAGGUGAGUCAAGCCGGGUAUGAACUGCCCAGAGCAGCAAAGCGCGUGUUUGGCAGACACUUUGUGCCCUUAGAGCAGAUUUCGGUUGGGAUGGAAUACAUAGACGUUGCGCGGAAAUCAAUAUAUAACCACAUAUUGCAUCACCAAGAGAGUCUACUGCACUUGGAGCCUAUUGUAGAUGCUUUUUCUGUUCAAAAAAACAGAGAGAGUCUAGAUGCAUGCACUCCAAACGAAGCGUGUCCUUCUGCUACCAGCGACUUAGCGUCUACAAUGGGGGGUGCUGACUACGGCGAGACAGCUCUGCUAGGCCUGUUCUGCUGGGCUUUAUACAACUGUGAGGAAAGUAUGUACACAGUUGACCACAUAGAGUCCGUCUCCGAGGAGCUGAAAAGCUUUUUCAAGAUACACAAAUACAUGGAUGGAGCAAUCUCAAAAAGCAUGCAUGAUGACUGGAACAAAGUAAUAGGAGGCCUAUCCAAUUGGAACAUACGAUAUCUGCAAAAGGGCAGAAAACAGCUUGCACCCGGGAUAAUAAACAUGCUGUAUGUCAUUAAAGAGAUAACGGGGGUGGGUGAUGCAAAAAAGAUAGAUGAGUUUAGAGAAAAGCUCGAGUGUAUGGAUAAUAAACACAAGAUUCGCGCAGCUGAAAGGCUUCACUCAGAGCUUACAAACGAUGUCUCCAUUGACAAGAAACAGAAAGAUCAGAUAGAGCAGGAGAUAAGGCAGUUAAUAGACGAAAAAGAGCUAUCUAAGAAGAAGCUGUUUGAGUGGAGGCUAAAAUGUGCUGGCAAAGGACUGGCGCCUAGCAUAAAGCUAGAAAUAAAGAGUCUAAAGGGUGUGAUAAAAGAAAGAAAAAAAGAGGAGCUCAAUGCAUUGUUUUUUGAUUAUGUUAACAAAGAGAAAACCCUGGCAGUUGCACUAAAAAGCGACAUAAGCAAAUACUUGACUGAAAUAAUUAAUAAAAUUGCCAUAAAAAAAGAGGACAUUAAUGCGGAUGCAGAGAUCGAGUAUAAAGAGACUCUUAAAGGUGGAUACAGCGAUCUGUUUGGGAAAAUAAAAAUAUCGUACACUCUUGAUGAUGCACAGGAAAAGGAUGCACAUUUAGCCAACACCUGCUCGUAUGAAUUUAAUGUCUACCCCAAGUAUUGUGCUGAUAAAGUAGUAGGGCUGGGAUGGGAAACAGGCUCUAGGCUGCAUAGCACAGGCUGUGCAUUGGAAGAGGCAAAGCUGUCAAGAAUCAAGAAAAAGACAUUUAUUGCAGAGAUGCUUAGAUUUCACAUAGAUAGAGAGGUGGAGAUGUGUACAUGUGAGCCAAAUAGUAGAAGCCAGCCCAAGCCAAAUAAAAUGCUGCAGGAUGCACUCUUCUGUGGAAAGCAAUGCAGGCCUGUGGAUGCUCUCCUGCUUGGCCCAGCAGCGCAUAGCAGGCUUUAUAAAAGAGACAUUAUAUGGGCUCUUCUUCUGCAUAUAGUAGACAAAAACCUUGGCAGAAGCCAUCCUCUCGUGCAUCUAGUAAAUAACGCGAUGGGCGGUGUUCUCUUCGCAACUAGUGAUGACAUAAACGCAGUGCUUGUGCUGCUCAGCCACACCUUAGAAGAUACAUACUAUCCGAACAUAGCCAUAGAUGGGUAUCCAUACAGAAAUGCAUCCUGUUUUACAAACACAAUAGAAAAGGCAUUAGAAUGGGCAAAUAGCACAGAAUUUGUAUCCCAAGAAACAUAUGCUGGCAUAAUAGCCAAAAUAGUGGCUAGUCUACAAAGAGAUUUCCCGGAAAACAAGUGUAACCCGGAAUUAGAGCAUCUUGUCAAAGGGCUAAAUACUACUGAAAAGUCUGUAUUUGCCAAGAUUAUAUUGCAUAGUGUAACCACUGCUGGCUAUACAUCCCAAACUGUUCAAACUGUGCAAGAAGCAGAAAAAAAAACUCAGUUGAUGUUUGUGAGAGGCACACUAGCUAGCCUUUUCUGUGCAUUCGGGCCGCUCCCAAUAUAA